UGCGUAUAUAAUUCUGUUGUCUACUUCGGAGUCUGUUAGUAUGGCUCAGAAUGAUCUCCCUCAGACUCAGUAUUAUCGCUGCUGUCACAUUAUGUGUACUCCCAGCCACGCUGAGUGUGCCCAUCUUCUGGUUUCCGUGGAACUACUUCCUACCAACUACCACAACAAGUGGCAGCGCUGCCAGUUCCAGCAGCUCAUCAUCGACGCUUCGUCCAAUCAUGGCGAACAUUGCCAUCGGAAACCGUCUCAACACCAGUGCCAUGACUGACAACGGAACCAUCAUCAACGGUCUUACCAUCACUCGGGGUCGUCGGGCGGUCCCUCUAACGCCGGUUCCAGUUCCGGGGGAUCCCUCCGUAACGAGUGAAUCCUUCAUUCAAGUUGGUAAUCAUAUCAUUCGGCUCCCGCCAGGAAAUGUGGCCAAUUUGACGAUCAACAUAGUCGACGGUGUGCCGAACGUUUUCGGGAAUGUUGGAACGGACGUUUCCGACGGGGCGAACGGAAGCACGUCCGGAUUAUUUGCUCAAUUAGGGAAUUUCUUUGGCGGCCUGUUCGGCGGUGGUACACCGAACGCUAAUUGAAGGAGUUCUUUGACCCUUAUAAAUAAUUUUCUGGCUUUCGAAAACGACUGCCAUCAGUUGGACAGCUGUCUCUGCUGAUUUUAAAUACUGUGCCAAAUGUAGAUAUGCCAUGCGCUGAAAUAUAGUUUUCCGCUGUUGGGUGGAAUAAAUCGGGAA